AUGCAGCGCGCUCUCAUUCUCGCCGCCGGUGUCGCUCACGCGUCCUUCGCCGCAGCUUCGGUUUCUGGACCCGUCAUCAACUCCAACUUUCCUGACCCUGGUCUCCUCAUCACUGGUAGCGGGACGUACGCGUACGGCACCAAUGGCAAUGGAUACAACAUCCAGGUCGCUUCCUCCUCUGAUGGUGGCAACACCUGGUCCGUUCACGCCCAGGAUGCCCUCCCCAACGUUGGGUCAUGGGCCGUCGGCAACAACGGGCUGACAUGGGCACCCGACGUGAUCGACCGCGGUGACGGCACCUUCGUCAUGUACUACGCUGCCGAGUCUCCCUCGCAGGGCACUCACUGCGUUGGCGCUGCCACCUCGACGAACCCUCUCGGGCCCUUCAGCCCCCAGGCUCAGCCCAUCGACUGCAACACCUCCGGUGGAGGCGCCAUCGACCCCUCCGGCUUCCAGGACACCGACGGCACGCGCUACGUCGCGUACAAGGUUGACGGCAACAACCUCGGCGGUGGCGGAUCGUGCGGAAACGGCGACGGAAGCCACUCGACGCCCAUCAUGCUCCAGCAGCUGCAGGGCGACGGUGUCACGCCCAUCGGCUCACCCAUCCAGAUCCUCGACCGCGGCCAGUACGACGGUCCGCUCAUCGAGGCGCCCAAGAUUAUCUACAGGGACGGAUUAGCUCACGGGCAACAAACUGACGACGGCAUCGAAAUUUCACCUAGCUAUGCCCUGUUCUUCUCCUCGAACUGCUACAACACCGACCUCUACGACGUCAGCUACGCGACUGCGUCGUCCGUCAAGGGCCCAUACACCAAGGCCGCUGCGCCGCUGCUUGUCACCGGCAACGAUGGCCUGACUGCCCCCGGUGGCAUGACGCCUUCUCCCGACGGCUCCUGGGCUGUCUUCCAUGCGACCACCAACUCGAACCCCCUCACGCGUCCCAUGUACACCGCUAAACUGAGUUGGAACGGAAAUGUCGCUACCGCCGCAUGA